CUUGGCGCAGGGACAGAUUGAAAUGGGGAGGAGUCUGACAUACUAAGUUCAGAUCAGGACAGACUGAAGGACAAACAAGCAGGAAGAAGGAGAAAAUUAAGUGAGCACCGGGUUCACCAGAAAAAUAAGAGGAUAAUAAAUAUUGCCUGCUUGAAGAAUAAUGUCUCUAUCUCCAGCUGCCUUGGCCGCUCGUCGGGUGUUGGCUGCUGCGUCACAUUCAAGCCAUGAGGGUGGAGCGAGGACCUGGAAGAUACUGACCAUUGUGUUGGCCAUCCCUGGUGUUGGUGUCUGCAUGGCCAACGCCUACAUGAAGAUGCAGGCGCACUCGCACUCGCAGCCAGAAUUUGUGCCAUAUCCUCAUCUGCGUAUCCGCACCAAGAAAUUUCCCUGGGGUGAUGGAAACCACUCUCUGUUCCACAACCCUCACACCAAUCCUCUGCCUGAGGGUUUCGAGAGCUCCCAUCACUGAGAGCAUCAGUCAUAUUUCUCAGCUGUGUUUCCAGUCAGCAGUGUGCUUGGCUUAAUUAUACUGGCCGAGUGGGCAAGCCGCACCGCCACAAAGCGGUGCACCCAGACAGGAAUAAAACCACUUUGUGUAUUACAA